CUUACAAAACAUAUUCGGGACCGGUGUAUAAAGCAGCACUCUAUUUAAACGGAUUCCUUAUCCUUCUUUUGAGUCCACUCGCGACUAAAAAAAUGGGUGGCGCCUAUCCAUUUUUACUCUUGGUUUGCUUCACUCGUUUUCUUGCUAUCAUUGCUGAUGAGCACCUUCCCCACAGACAAGCAAUGGAAAUAACUAUUGGUGGUGACGAUGGCUUCGAAAUAAUUAUCGGUGGUGGCGGUGCUCCUCCGUCACCGCUACGAAAAACUCAAGAUUAUUGGUGGUGGCGGUGUUCCUCCAUCCUCGGUCCCCCUCCCGCUGCAUGUCCCCCAACACCUCCACCACUAUCUCCAAAACCAUCUCCACAACCACUACAAAAACCACCACCAGCAUCACCUUUUGAAAUUAGCGAACUUGUAAGAGAAGUCUUCCCCGUAAUCCAGGCCUUCAGAAAGAAAAUAACAGUUGAUCCCUUGCAUAUAACCGAUACAUGGCAAGGCAAAGAUGUUUGCGGCAAGUAUAAAGGCUUCGUAUGCGGUAUCGCACCGGAUAAACAGGGAAAAGCCCUCGUAGGGGUCAAUUUCGACGGCUACUAUUUUAGUGGCCCAAACUUAACCAUAUCCGAAUUCCUUUUUGGUUUAAAGGAAAUAGUUUUCUUCCAUGCAAACUCAAACAACUUCACGGGAACCAUCCCUGACCGUAUAGGCGAACUUCCUUAUCUUAAGGAACUAGGCUUAAGUAACAACUUAUUCACGGGUGCAUUCCCUUAUCCUCUCCUGAAAGCCAAAAAACUACUACUUCUUGAUCUUAGCUUUAAUAGAUUUGCGGGUAUUGUGCCACCACAAGUCUUUCUUCUCAAUCUCGAUUUGUUAUUCAUACACAACAACAAAUUCGUUCAAAAGUUACCCGACAACCUUGGCUCCACGACCGCAUUUUCUUUAAACCUGGCAAACAACAAGUUCAUUGGUGGGAUCCCUAAAAGUAUCGGUCAAGCUUCGAAUACUUUACUUCAGGUUCUUUUUUUGAACAACCAGUUAACUGGUUGUUUGCCAUACGAAAUCGGGCUUUUAAAUAAGACUACCGUGUUUGAUGUCGGGUUUAAUUUUUUAUCUGGCCCGAUCCCACAUUCGUUUCGAUGCUUGAAGAAAAUGAUGUUUUUGAAUUUGGCUAAGAAUAAGUUCUAUGGCCCGGUUCCGGAAGCAGUGUGUAGUCUUCCUGAACUCUUCAAUUUCACGAUAUCUUAUAACUAUUUUACGCAAGUUGGGCCACGGUGUCGGAAGCUGAUCAAGGAUGGGGUUCUUGAUGCUAAAAUGAAUUGUAUUUUGAAUCUUCCAAAUCAAAGAUCGGCUGCUGAAUGUGCAAAAUUCUUUUCUACUACUCAUACUUGCCCGAAUGAAAAGUCUCUGACUUAUGUUCCUUGCUCCGUUGGGCUUGAAAGUAAUGAAUCCAAUUCCUCACAAUUGGAAUCCAAUAACGUUUAUGUACCGGCGCAGGCUCCACGAGCACAAAUUUAUGCCUCUCUCCUGCCACAUACAUCUUUGGAUUUUUGGAAAAAUUAAAGGGUUCGGUGAUCAAGGAACCCCGCGUGCAAGAUAUAGCUCCGGUCUUUUAAGUUGUUGGAAUUUAUAAUUAGUUUAAAACUUGAAGGAUACAAAGUGCAAAUAAAGUGAAGAAACGGUGUGUUUAUUCAAGAAAAGAGGCAAAAGGUUUUGGCCUCACACAAAGAAACCAACGUGAUGAUUCAUGAAAACUAAAGAGGUAGUACAUCCGUUUGUGAAGCAACACAAUGGUUUAGCAAUAAGCGCCACAUACAGCUAACAUAUAUAUAUAUAUAUAUGAUUGCUUAUUUCAGUUUCUUGUAAUCAAAAUUGUGUACAACGAUUGUAUAUAGUUUGAUUCAAUGUUAAUUGAGUGACUCAAUUACAAA